AUGGCACGAGCGCAGCACGUUUGUUGCAGCUCCCGGCUGAUGCUGAGCACAAUAGGCAGCGCCAUUUUAAGCGUGUUCUUGCUGAAUGGUGUGGUGAGCGAAAUCAACCUGACCAACAUCACGUCUUUCUCCAUCGAGGCAGUUUUCAGUGCACCGACGCAAGCGGAAGAGCUCCAGACGGCCAGCAUUCAGCAGAUGCCAGAGCUCGGCAUGGUCAGUGGACCACAGGAGCCCCAACUUCCAGAGCCCAGAUCGCCUCAGGUGGAUCAGAUCUCUGCUGGAACCGAUGACCCGGGUCAAACCGAUGCAGCGGUCACGACGACCACUUCGACGGACGCUGAGCCCAAGUUUGCCCGAGUUGCAGGUGACCAACCUUGUCCUCAUCUCAUGGAUGUGACUUCGGCAGAUCUCUGCCGGAAAGCUGCAGAAUUCUUCGGCAAGCGCUUUGUCGGAGCGCUGGAAGCUCUGCAAGAGCCCAGCGGCUGUUUGCACCGAGUCGCCGAUGAUGACUACAUGUUUAAUGUGAUUUCAACUUCAGUCCACAAGGAGGACAGACGGCGAGUCUGCACUGGUGGACCUGAUUUGGGCUCGUUGGAUCUUGUCUCACCAGCGACACCAAGCCAAGUUGAAGAAGAAGUGAAUUUGCCGCCACCUGACAACAGCGACAAUGACCCGCUGCCUGCUGAUGAAGAUUUCAAGAUCACGAGCACCUCCUGUCCUGCUGGAACAUUUCCAUUCCGGGAUCCACAGCAUUGCAAAAAGGCAGCCAGACGUCUCAAGCGAAAGUUUGCUGGAUUCAUCUCGUCUUUGUCAGAACCUUAUGGAUGCAUCCACAGGGCAGCAGACCAAGAUAUCAUGUUCAACCGCUUCCGGACAAAGUUUUCGAAAUAUGGCCGUGAGGUUGUUUGCAGCUCCAAGAAGGAGCCGGACAACAAGCUGCGUGAGCCCCUUUCUCAGGCCAGCGCUCAGCAAUUGAAGCUCUACUGCUUUGGGUGGACAGCUCGACGUCCUCGCGAAGAGCUCCUGCUGCCUCUUGCUCGGCAACUUUUUCAAGCUUGCGACGGUUAUGCCUUCUUUACUGACACGGAUGCCCCUGGCGAGAACGCCUCCGACAUCAUAAAGAUCCCCUUGCCACGGACCCAGCAGCUUCGUUCGGAGCAGUUCUGGCUGCUCCUGAAGAACAUGGUGGGGCUCCUCCCGGCUUGGGAUUAUUUGCUUCGGACAAACACAACCGAUGGCUUCGACUGGGUGGUGAACCUCGAGCUGGAUCACUUUGUGGUCGCCUCCCAACUUCGACGGACCAUAGCAGACUAUGUUAACAUUAUGAUACUUGGCAGCCUCCCUGGGCAAGAUCCCUGGGAUGAUGCCAUCAUGCUUAUCUUCGGGAACGUCUUCACCUUCAACGCCAAGCUGGCGCAGCAGAUGAAAGCCGAGUGGGGUGUUAUCGGUCGCGUGAUCUCCGACAGCAGAUCAAAGGGUCUCGGCUGCCCUGUCAUCUCGGGAUCACGAGCUCACAAUGAGGGGCACUGUGAGCAGGAUAUGGUCUAUGAGAAUCUCCGGGACUACCUCAGCCGACCACCGACAAUUCUGGGUGCCAAUGGAUGUGGAAAUGAUGCCAUGUCCGACAUCUUAGUCCCCUUCCCUUUGGGUUGCUGGCAAGCUUUCCCCUUCGGAGAGGAGGAGCCGGAGAGGAUGAAAGCGAUUCGUGAAGUUGCUUUGCUUUGGAACUUUACGGAUGUGCGCUCAGCAGAAGCCCACUGCAAAACGCGGGGUGAAGAUCUUGCCAGGCAUUGCACAUCCUUGUUCCGGGCCAAAAGAGUGCCCAUAAUCCACAACAUGAAAACGCCGGCUCUGCUUCAGCUGGCCAUUGAUGUGCUGCUUCCGCUCUCUCUGGGUGCCGUCAGCAGUUCCUCGACGGCCAGUGCAGGACCCCUUCAAAAGGCAGCGCGCUCGAGAGACGAGAGACUGCGAGAACCGUUGCGAGGCUCCUGGAAGGAAGAGCUGAAGCAUAAUGUACUUCAGGCACCCACCCAUAUGCUGACUCAGCUCAAUGAGCACGGUGAUGAGGUCCUUUUUGUUGUGUUCUCGCCUUGCGGAACUCGCCUGGCAAGCUGCUCUCGGGACUUGCAGACGAUCGUCUUCAAAGUUCAGACGGAGUGUGACAGUUGCAGUGAGCAGGAGGACUUUUGUCUCGACCCUUCCGCGAGUGAGUCCUCGAGAUACCCUCGCUUCGAGAGGGAAGCUGUAUUCACUCACCAGACAGCACCCUGUCGAGCUAUGUGGUGGCCGAUCCCACCCUAUGACAUGGUGGCGGUCAGCACCGAGGAUGCAGGCGCCGGCUGGCAAGCCUCAAAAGUUGAGAUUUGGCAGAUUCAAGAAGACGGUGGCUCCAUGGAGCACUCAGAAUCCGAGGGGCCUUUCAACAGCUUCGAAGAGCUCCCGGUCGGCUAUCAUGCGAAAUGCAUCUUCCAGUGCCACAACAGGCCUUUCGACAUCUACGCCGCCAUUUUUCCUUGGCCGCCCCUUGCUGUCGAGCCCAGCAUCGACAGCGGCCCCAAGGAUGAGUACGAGCGGUUGUGCUUCCUUGCCGGCUGGGCAGUCUUGCGGGAAAACGAGCACUACGUGCAAUGGUUGAAUGUCUGGCCUGGGCCGAGACAUCCCAGCUUUCAAGACGCACAGGCACAGACAACGGCUGCGAGCGGCAGCACUCCGCGACCACUCGCCAGGCUUCGGCUUGAAGGCCAGAUGAACUACCUUCACUGCCUGGAGGUGGGGCCGCCAGACAAAGUGGGUCGUCAACAGAUUCUGGCCAUGACGGGCAGCACACCUCAUCUGUGCAACGAGAUAGGUUUGAUGGACCUGAGCCGUUUGCAGCGACGAGGUGAAGGUGUCGAAGGUCUUGCGCCAGAUGGGGAGGCUGCCUCAGCUUUGCCUGCGGUGUACGACGUUAAAGUCAAGGUCUACUCCAUGGGAGAGCGCGUGGUGCUUAGUGCCAAAUGGAACGAAGCCGGCGAUUUUAUUCUCUUGAACACAAGGCCUUAUGCCCAUGCUAUAUCCGGAAGUCAAAAGACUGGAGGACAAAGCGAGGCUUCGCAGGCCAGUCUACAAGCCGGUGCAUCCUUCGAGGAUCUUCUCUUACGGCCAGCCCCAGAUCUGUCCACCAAAAUGGAGCUCCUUCUGCUGGAUGCAAGAACGUUGGACGUCCUCUCCGUUUUCGAUGGUCAUUUCGCUUUCACCACGAAGGAAAGUCCGUUCCUCAUCUUCACAGAAGAGUGGUCGGACUCGGACUUUCUGGCGAGCGGCGGUGAGGUGUUGUGCACUUGGGCCAUCCUGGCCUUCACUGCAUGCUCUCUGUGGUCAGUGAAGGGAAAGACUCCUGAGCGCUACAUCCUGAGCGAGGAGCCCAAGAUUGAGUUGAGGAAGGGCUUCCUGUCCAAAUCGGAGACAUCCGCUCUUCGUCGCCUCGCAGAGAGCGAGAUGUACCAGGAUGUCGGUGAUGCAGAAAGUGGGAGUAAGUCCUCGGCUGAUACUGCUGGAGGCGAGGAGCUCUCUGUGCUCAAUAUCUCUGACGACUCCGAGGAUGGGAAAGAAGAGUGGACAGUUCUGGAAGACUUCCUUCAGCGUGCCACGACUCUGGCGGGAUGGAAAGGGCUGCCCCCUCCCGUUUAUGUGACUCGCUGGGAGCCUUGGAGACCUGAAGGAGCCCUAAACCGAUCUGGGCCUCUGCACCUGGAUGCACGCCUGCAUCCGGAGAGGCGCCAGACGCUUCUCGCGUAUCUCUCUGGGACGGGAGAUUUCGAGAAAAAUGGUGGAACUGUCUUCCCUUGCCUGGAGACUGAUGAUAUGGAUGCAAAGGAAGUCACUCGAAGGCAGAAGCUUUGCUCCCGAGCUGCACGGCAUCUGGAGCAUGCGCAUGAGAAGUUGAUGACACUUCGCGCGAAGGGGCUGGAACUACCAGAAUCCAAGCAGUACGAGUUCUUGGAGGAGCAUCCAGAACUUGCAGGCCUUCCAGCAGAAACUGCAGAAGGCAUAAGACCGAUCAACUGGUUGUGGCUACCGGGUUAUGAUGGUCUUGCUGCUGAGGCUCCGGGGAAGCUUCGUGCAGAGCCUCUACAUCUCUUGGCAGAGGCGAUGUGCCGAGGAAAGGCCCCUGGUUUGAAAGUUUCAUCGAAGGACGGGGAUGUUUUGCUCAUGGAUGUGAUGGAGCCCAGCGAUUCAAAGAAGCGCAAGCUCCCGAAGGUGGAUUGGCGCUUGUGGCAUGCUGGGUGUAGUGCCAUGGAUGGUAAUGGUUACAGGAUUACGGCACAGAUCUUCUUGCAUGAGGUGCACUCUCUGAGGGCAGAUGCUCAACAUGAGGAGUGCGAGGGGUCACGCAAUGCUCGUGCUUGCAAUGUAGCUAGUCAAUAG